UCUAUCUCUCUCUAAAAGAAUCGCAAACCUCUCCUUCAAGCUCUAGGGUUUCUUCGAAAUUCGCACUCUAAUUCUACUCAGCCAGCUUCGAAUCUAUUGUCACUUCUUACCUCUUUGUCCUCUCCGCCAAAUGCUCUAUCUGUUGAUGUCAUUUUCUCCCCUUGCCGUCAGGAAUCGGAGCCCAGUCGAUGUGAGAUUGUUUUGACUCUUUGUUAACUGUACUCCGCUGUUCACUGGUGGUGAAUUCGAAAUAAAACAAACCCUAACUAUUUCAUUUCCGGAUCGAUGUGCGUGAUUCUACCAAGCAACUUGAAGUUUUUCGGGAAAUUGUAUAUUGUCCGUUGUGCCAUUGGUUGCUAAUAACAUGGAGAGAAGUAUUAUGGUGGAGGAGAAUCAUCACACUAGUGAUUCUGAUCUUGUCUCGAAGUCUGUGGGAUCAUCCAUUAAGAUUGACUCAAUCUCUAUAGAUCUUGUUAGUAACAAUGAGAAUGAUGCAAGAAAGUGUGAACAUUUUUCUAUACGCGGAUAUGUGUCUGAAAUUCGCAAAAAAAACUGGAAAAAUUGUUGGCCAUUUGCUUUAGAUGAUAAUCAUCAUAAAUUUGAGGAGCAAGCAUGUACACUUCCUCCCUUACCUGUCUCGAAAUUCAGAUGGUGGCGUUGCCAGAACUGUUUACAGGAAAUUGGUGCUGAAAGCAUAAAAUAUAAUAAUGGAAAUGCCUUUAAUUAUUGUAGUAGUGCAAGAUUUAAAUCUGGUGGCACUUGUUCCCAUACGUCCUCCCUUGCUCCGGUGCAGCAAUUGGAUUUUCAUCAAGGUCCAAAAUUAAACAUUCUUGAUAGAACAAUAGUUGAUGCUAGUACUGCCACUAAUCUGAACGAUGAUGACUUCCAUCCUUCUUCAUGUACUGAUAAGAAAGAGAAGAAAUCUGAAUCUGCAGACAACCCCAUCAUAGAGCAUGAGAUUGUUUCAGAAGAUAACACAAGUCUGGAUAUCCCUGAAUCAGCUGGUGCUGCAACAGGAGGUAUUUCUGGAAUGAUGACAGCUGGAAGUAAUCAUGCCGACGACACAGCAGAAGCACUUAAGGCAAAUUGCAAUGGAUCUGUUGAAUUAGGCCAGCUCAGCCAUGGAAGUUAUGAAAAUACUGAGGUUGAACAACUUUCUGAUCAAAAUCUCAAAACCGUAGCUAAGAAUUCUUCAGGACUUUGUCAAACAGGAAUACAGCCUUCAGCUGAAGUUGAACACUUAAAUGUAGUUGUAAGUUGUGGGACAUCCGAAGUAAAUGGAAUGGUUAAUGAUGUGAUUGAUGCUGUCAAGAGUACAAACAAACAUCCUUGCCUGGGAUUCGAUGAUUAUGAUAAUGCAUCAUCUGAAAGUGCUGAGACACUGCCUGGAAAUGAUCCUGAGGAUCAUCAUGAUAACUCAAGUGGUUCACAUCGUAGAAAAACUCGGAAGGUGCGUCUACUGACCGAAUUGUUGGCUGAAAAUGGAGAUGCAAGCACGAAUCUACCAAGGGAUGAAAAAUUUUCAUCCAAUUCUGCUCCUGACGCAUCUGCUGAGGUAGCUGCACCCUCUACACCCCAAUGUCCCGUGGCUGUCCAAGGAAAUGUUCUUCGGGUUUUUGAUCAAAAUAGGAAAAGGAAGUUCCUUCGAGAUGAAGAGUGGAGACCUGUAGAGGUAAGCUCCCAGAAUAAUUUCAAUAAAAGAGAUAGAACCUGCAAUGAAGGUGCGGAAACUGUUAGUCGACUUGCAAGUGCGGAUUCAGAAGAAGAUGCUGGAACUGGCUUACAAAUUGGUGAAAAGAGCCAAUUGAAUAAAUUCAGGCUUGUUAGAAGUCCGACUAUGAGUAAGAAGAAAAACAAAAAAGGCCAGUUUGUUGAUGAAUUUUUGUCCCUGGCAGUACCAUGCCAAGAACAUGUGCAGAAAGAAUAUCAGAAUGAAGCUGGAGAUGUUAGUGUUGCGAAUACUGUCUUUUCUGGAUCUAGGCACACUACAUUUACAAGCAGGGGGAUGCAUCCUUUUCCAUUGCCUCAGAAAACAGAGAGAAAUUCCAGUUUAUGCAAGAAGAAAAGCAAGAUGCCACUUGUUGAUGAUGGGCAGGCCUCUCUAAUUCCUUGGAGUAAUGGUCUUCUCAGAGGAAGUCCAUUAACAAGGAAAGAUAUAGAAAUCACGCAAAUGCCAUCCUUGACUGCUCCAUUUCAAUCAGCACAAGAUGUAUCCAACGAAAAGGGGCCACAUCUUUCUCUAAAUAGCUGCUUGUCCACCGAAGGAUAUGACAGAAGAUAUAUUUCUCCACUCGAAGACUGCCUGUUUCUUUGGCAAGGGGGUAUAUCAAAAGAAAACCAGGUCACCGGGAAAGACAGCCAGACAAACUAUACUGGAGAUUCUUAUUUUCCGUCUAAAUCAGAGCCAGAUGCAUAUCAGAGGAAAGUGAAUUGUGAUCUCAGUAGUAAUACCCUUAGAACAUCUUUCCUGAAUGAUAAGCAAAAGUCCAUAUCUCAAGCUGAAACAGGAAGCUGUUCUCUCAUGCAGCAAAUGGAUUUUUGUGGUAGAAACAACAAUAUGAAAUCUACAGAAACACUGGAGCAUUCAGCGCUUCCUAAGAAACAUUGUGCUCAACGGGCUGAUAAGGUAUCUGAACAGGGAAUUAUCGAUGACAUACCCAUGGAAAUUGUUGAACUCAUGGCAAAGAAUCAGUAUGAAAGGUGUCUUCCUGAUGUUGAAAACGAUAAUCGUCAAUCAGAAACAACCAUUAACACCAGUAAUGCUGAGAUAUACGCAAAGGGGAAGUUUAACUUUCUGUUGGAGGAGACUGCUCAGAAGCCAAAACCUCGAGCUAAAAGUAGUAAAAAUGGCAAGAUCACAAGAGUUGGAAGUGUUGGAAGUACCAAAAAGAAGUCAGUUGAUUGCUUUUCUCAUGUCAAUAGAGAACACAUCAAUAUACACCAGUUGGAACCAACUAGUGCCCCUACAGAGUUUAGGGCAUUUCCUCACUGUCAAGAGAGGCUACCAAGUGGAGUCAAAUUUUCUGAUACCAGUUUCAGUAAGCAUGGCAGCUCUCAAAAUUGCCAGUGGAUUGGGAAUAUAUUGGGGCACAGGUCCUCUCAAACUAAUUUGCAGACUUUAGGAGCUUGUAACACAUGCCAGAGUGUUCCACGACAGAAUAAAGAAGCAGCUCAUCUUUGGUCAUCUAUGAUGCCAAAUCACAUGCCCUUUUUAUAUAAUUUUGCUCAAAAACAUGCAGAUCCAUCAAGCAACAUAGAUGCAUUUCCACAUUAUCCCAACAGUCUGCGCAAGGGGAACUUAAAUGGAAAUCACGGUAUAAAUUUUCUGAAUUUAAACGCUACAAGCACUGAAAAGCAGAAUAGGAACUCUGAUUCUGAAAAUGUCAGCAGGCCACAAGCUGAGUAUCCACUUGCUUGUAAACAUAGCAGGAUGGGAUCACUAGAUCUGUAUUCUAAUGAAACCAUACCUGCAAUGCAUUUACUGAGUCUCAUGGAUGCAGGAUUGCGGUCAGGUGCACCAAUUGAUAUUGAUGGGACACCAAAGUUCCACAAAAAACCCUCCUUUUUGCAUGAUCAUCAUUCUAAGGACGUCUCUGGGAUGUCAUCUGGGGGAUACAAGACCAGCAGUACCAUGAAACCCCCAUUAUAUGAUUAUUAUGGCAAAAAUCACCUUCCAGAGAAUUCUCAUGAAUAUAUUACUGGCAUGUCAACCGUUGGUGCUUCUGGGUUUUCAUUUCAUCAUGAUAAAGGUGUCAAGAAGACCACUGGUUUUACAGGUCAGGCAUCACUUCGGUCCCAAGAGAAGGAGAAGACUAAAGGCUCUGAUUCACCUUCAAAAAAUAAAAGCCAUAGAUCUCAAAAAUCUGUGCUUACAACUGGUGGUUCAAGCACAAAUCAUGGGUCCAUUCCUUUUAAUAUGCAGAAAAUGUUCCUUGGCACUUCAGAUUCUAUGGCCUUCCCCUUGCAGUGCCAUGUAGUGGAAAAUGCAUCAAAACGUAAGUUGGAAGCCUGCAAUACUACUAGUGGUAUAUUGCCUCUGAAAAGCAGUUCCAAGACUGAAAAAUGCAGUGUUAACAGAAACCCUGCUGAUUUUAGCACGCCAGAAGCAAGAAAUAUUUACAUGAUUAGAGGUGAAGACCUUAAAUUUAGAAAGCCAGUCUUUUCUGAUAAUAGAUCUGGCUUAAUCAAAUUGGAUCGGCGCAAGCGACAAAGGAAGCUUACUGCUGCAAAAGGUAAAGUCUGAAGUAUUGUGCUAGCUACCUCAAUACGUAAAUGACUUAGAAGCAUUACAAAUGUCAGAUAGCAAAUGUUGUAAUCCUGUGCUGCACAGAAGCUGAUAUUUAUAAAACCAAUAAUCCAUUUGUAUCAACUUUUGAUCAUGUUGGCAUUUUAAUGUCCAAAGCUGGCUGUGGAAGACUGGCUGCAGGGCGAGGCUUGUAUAUACUUACAUAUGCCUUAACCUUCCAGGAAUACAAUUAGAUGUAUGUACUUUUGAAUUUGGUGUUGUAUGUUGUACUGUAAAAGGUUUUGUAAAAGCCUAUAGGGCUUGUUUGUUAUUCUGUGAUUAUUUCUGUGCUCAAUCCCUGGUGGAAAUGGGAGUGAAGAGAAAAAAGAACAGGGGGUUUCUCAAUAAGCUAAUAUAAUAUUUGGAUGCAUAUGUUUGGAGUACUCUAGCUAGGGGGUUUGUAGUUGUUGAUUAAACUUACAUAUUUUAGUUAUAAGUGUCAAAACUUUAGGGGAAAUCUGGUAUCUGAAAGCCUGAAAUAAGACUGCCAGAUACCAGAUUCUGAAAGCAGAAAUAUGUCUUAUAUUUAAGUUAAUAUUAUUUUCUUCGAUGACCUUGUUGAAGAAAUUUCUUCUAUUUACCACCUGUUAUGAGAGAUUACUGUUACUUAAGUGUUCCUAUCCUCUGAGAUUUGUUCUUAGACGUUUCUCUGCCUGAUGAAAAGAUUGAAGGAAAUUUUGUGCUUAAAUACUGAAGUGAAAUUUCUGCCAAAACCUAUGGUUUUGCAGAUUUUUCUGAUGUCGAUGGAUCUUGAAUCUGUGUUUAUAGAUGAGAAAAGAUUGCCCUUUAUUUCAUCAGUUUUCGAAUAAAUCUAAGUUUAUUAAUCGGAGAUGUAUUUUUACUUAGAAAGGAAGUGUAACAC